CGUCUCUGCCGGUCGGGGGGUCCAUGGCGGCAGGUUCCGUGUUCAGGUGCACGCGGCUGGGCGGCGCGCAUGCGCACAGCGGCGCUGCUCGUUUACCUCCUGGAGCUUCGGGUGAAAACGCGCAGACGGAAGUGUCCGCGAGCCGCUUUCUCGCGUUUGGAGGGUUCGGAAGCCGGCGGCCGGGACCGGAAAUACCUCACCUGAGGGGGCGGGGGCCAGGUGGCCUUUGGAGAAGGCGGAAAGGUGAAGAACGCGGAAGCAAAAGAGGGAGAGCUACGAAAACCGGAAGGAUUGAGAUUCUGCGCAGCUGGACGGACAAGAAAAGCACUUGCAUGAUGGGCCUGUGUGACGGCCUCUCCCACUGUAAGCUGGCCCUGGCCUUUGCCGUGCUGAUGGAUCUACUGGGAGGAACCGCUCUGCUGGUGGGGGUCUUCGCCCCCCUGAAGAUCAGAGAGCAGGACUUUGGCGACAUGCUGGUUUAUACUGGCGCCCUGUUGGUGCUGAUGUCGCUGGCGGGCUGGGUUCUGUGGUACAGCGGAAACAUCGAGGGCCUGACCCCCCAGAGGGAGCUCGGGCACAUCGGCAGCGCCGUGGACCGGCUGGCCCGCAACCUCAGCCGCAAGAUCCGCGCCUACAGGGGUCACCUCUGAGCCUCUGAGGGGACAGGAAGCGCCGCCCGCCCGCCCGCCCUUCAGUUAAAAAGCCCCCGGCGUCAGUGUUAAAGCGAGAGGCAGCGGGAACAUUUCAGUUACAUCUGUUACGUGGUUUUGUUGUUUUAUCAUUCUUUGUAUUCACACGUGGUCACUGGUUGGAUUUCAAUAAAUGCAUUUUUAUACACUUUUUAUAAGUCUAACAUUUUCAACUUUAAAAGCAUUAUUUUAUAUUCACAAGUGUAAAAUGAUACAUUUGAAUGAUUUAACAUGUAAAAACAGAAUAAUAGUGAUACAACUGUAUAUUUUUGUAAUAGACAUCUAUUCAUGAAUGACGUUAUUAAUUAUUAAUCCAUUGUUUCUUUUAUUAAGAUUUUGCACACAAGGAGAGGUGAAAACAAGGCAUUAGAGCUACUUUUUUAUCCUCUUGGUUCCUCGUGGUGCUGUGAAUUUAUUAGAGAAUUGGUGGAUUUACACUACGUACUGACCUCUGCUGUCAAAUAACCAGAACUACAACAACAUGAGCAGAAAACACGCCAGGUAACACGUGACGUGAACAGUCUGAGAGGAUCUGACCUGGCAGCAGAUCUUCUCUCCACCAAAAGGGAAGUUUCCCCAUCACACGACUCGGAUAAUCCGAUUGACCCGUAAACACGGGACAGAUGCUGUACGGUAAUAGAUGACUCCCGGUGGGAUUAUUGUAAUCUGAUCAUCUGCAGUAACUGUAACAGACAGGUCAAUCCCCGAAACGAGUCAUUGGAUCCAUUACAGUCUGCAGAAAAGAACAAACUUCAGAUCAGGAUUUGUUGCGUCAUUUUGUUGAAUUGAUAAACUCAUCGUUACUAUGACGAUAAAGUAGAAAACAUCAUUUUCAUCAACAGA